AUGUAUACAACAGAACAUGACUCCCAUAUAUUCAACUUUUGACUUGCCUUUGACUUGAAGAUCUUCGGUUGGUGGUCCUUUUUCAUUUUAUAUGCAGUCCAAUUGAUGAAGGCACACCAGAAACAGGUCUAAAAAAAUGGUUUAGUGGGGAAGAGGAAGAUCAAUUGUAUCUUGUUGGGCAUUUUGCUUGCUAAUCACUCAUUUGAUCUUAACUAACUUGAAAAGGCAAUCAACUUUUUCAUGGUUGAUUAUAAACUUAAUCCUACCUGACCCACUAAUAUGAUCCCACUCACGUUGAAAGCACAAGUUAUCUUUCGGAAAACUGUUGCUAAUGGUGGGGUUCUUGUUCUUGUUCUUGUUCUUUCUUAAAGUGAUCUGUACGGAACUCUCGACGCAUCUCGACAGUGUAUUUGUAGGUCAUGAAUUCCAACCUACCCCUAAUAACUUCAGCUCUUUGGUUAGAAAUAAGGAUAACCAACCACUUAAAUAACCUUUUAUAAACACCACGAGAUUUUUCAUAAUUUUAGAUAAGAUUAAAUUUUCACGUUACAGUAUUGAAAUUUAUAUUUGAUGGUUUGGAAUUUUGAUUAAAAAGUGAAAAGAAUCAUAAUUUCUAGUCGAACUGAUAUGAAAUCAAAGCUUCAGGUUUUAGUUUCUUAAUUUCGGAAAUACAAUACCUUGUUUGUUUAAAGAUUUCAACUUCAAGUAUUUUGAUUCUAAAAUGUCAUGAGUCUAAGUGUACCAAAUGUCCCUUAAAUGAUAGUUUAAAGUGGUUUCCAACAAUAGAGAAUGAUAGUAUUAAAGUGGUUCCCUAAGGUUGGGUUCCUAGUAGUGAAAGAUCGGGUUCUCAAAUGGCUUUUCGGAAACAGUAAUCACUUAAAAGAAUUUCACGGGAAAGAAUGGUCAUGUAUCGAAAUUUUACUAUGAAACUCACAGUGGCUCUCUGCCUCUCUCUCCCUCACUCUCGACUCUGUGCCAGCAUCGUUGUUUUUGCAGACGAGGAGAACCGAGGCCGAGAGAGAGAGAGAGUCUUUGUCCAUCUCCCAGCCUUCACUUUUCCUUCGAUCUUAAGCAACUGAAAGCGUGGAACGGUGGAAGUGAUUCGGGGUUUCAGGAGAUUUUUGGAGUGCCUCCGGCUUUGAGGGUUUGGAUGCGAGGAAGGCAGAUCGGGCGUAAUUAGGAUGGCGGAUGCUUCCGGCGAGGGAAGCCGAGAAGGUUCGGCACCGGAGCUAAGCUGCAGCGGCAAUGGUUCAGCGGGGACGCCGGCGCUGACUGUCUCUGGUUCGUUCAAGGUGAAAAAGAAGAGCGUGAUGCGGCCGAGCCUGGAUGCCGAUGAGUUCAUUAACCUCUUACACGGUUCGGAUCCGGUAAAAGUCGAGCUCAAUCGGCUAGAAAAUGAAGUUAGAGACAAGGAUCGUGAGUUAUCCGAGGCUCAGGCGGAGAUUAAAGCGUUGAAAUUGUCCGAAAGGCAGAGGGAGAAGGCGGUGGAGGAGCUCAGGGAGGAAUUGGCGAAGGUGGAAGGGAAGCUCAAGCUGACAGAGUCUCUUCUGGAAAGCAAGAACCUUGAAAUUAAGAAAAUAAAUGAUGAGAAAAAGGCAUCGUUGGCUGCACAAUUUGCUGCGGAGGCAACACUCCGAAGGGUUCAUGCUGCUCAGAAAGAUGAUGACAUGCCCCCAAUUGAAGCCAUUCUUGCACCACUGGAGGCAGAGAUUAAGCUUGCUCGCCAAGAGAUUGCAAAAUUGCAGGAUGACAAUAAGGCAUUAGACCGCCUUACUAAAUCAAAAGAAGCAGCGUUGAUUGAAGCUGAAAGAACUGUUGAGAUUGCAUUGGCAAAAGCUUCUUUGGUGGAUGAUCUGCAAAAUAAGAACCAAGAGCUAAUGAAACAAAUAGAAAUAUGCCAGGAAGAAAACAAAAUUUUGGAUAAAAUGCACCGUCUGAAGGUUGCGGAAGUUGAAAAGCUCAGCCAAACUGUACAUGAACUGGAAGAAGCUGUUCUAGCUGGUGGUGCAGCUGCAAAUGCUGUGAGAGAUUAUCAGCGUAAAGUUCAAGAGAUGAAUGAGGAAAGGAAGACCCUCGAUAGGGAGUUGGCCCGUGCGAAGGUCACGGCAAAUAGGGUUGCUGUUGUGGUGGCAAAUGAAUGGAAAGAUGCGAAUGAUAAAGUUAUGCCAGUCAAACAAUGGCUCGAAGAAAGAAGAGUUUUGCAGGGGGAGAUGCAACAGCUCCGAGAUAAACUUGCUGUGGUAGAGCGUGCUGCUAGAUCUGAAGCACAGUUAAAAGAAAAAUAUCAGCUUCGAUUGAAAGUUCUUGUGGAAAGCUUGAGAGUAUCUACAAAUGGUACCACAAGGUCUUCCUCAGAGGGAAGAAGUGUCAGCAAUGGUCUGCCACGGCGGCAGUCCCUUGGCGGAGCAGAUAAUAUUUCUAAACUGACAACCAGUGGCUCUCUCUCUAAGCGGCUGUCUUCCCACUCUUUCCAUUCAAGGUCUUCCAUUUCAAGCAGCAAUAGCAUGGUGUUGAGACAUGCAAAAGGGGCAUCGAGGUCCUUUGAUGGUGGUAGUAGGUCAUUAAAUCAGAGCAAGAUCCUGUCAAAUGGAACAGAAGCUAGCCAUUCUGUUGAUGAAGAUUCAAAAAGAACUAGAGAUAGUGAGACACAUAAUUCUUGGGAGGAUAGCCCUGACGGGAAGUUCAAUGAAGUUCCAAAAGGUGAUGGCAAUGAAUAUGUCUCUGUGUUGUUAUAUGAUAUGCUACAGAAAGAGGUUAUAGCAUUGAGGAAAGCUAGUCUGGAAAAGGAUGAAACCCUCAAAGAUAAGGAUGAAGCCAUUGAGAUGCUGGGAAAGAAGGUAGACACACUAACGAAGGCAAUGGAGGUGGAGGCUAAGAAGAUGAGAAGGGAAGUUGCUGCUAUGGAGAAGGAGGUAGCAGCUAUGCGGCUUGAAAAAGAACAAGAACAAAGAGCAAAGCGACUGAGUAGUUCCAAGGGUUCCAUGAGCUCUCAGGUGCUUCUUGGGCGACAUUGAAGAAGCACCUCGUGAGUAGCUGAAGAGUUCUGCCUGUGAUGUUAACAGAUUUCGUAUUUUAAGGGUGGCAUACUGUGUAGCUUUUGACUUUUUCCUCCAUAUUGAUUAAGCUUGUAAAUGCCGUCUUCGUGCGCUCCUGUGAUGGCAGAAGUUGGAGCUGGUGGAAGAAGCUGCUCGGUGUCCAUCUUGAUGGUUGCUUGCACGAAGCAGGACUAUGGCAUUUAAAAUGUUUUCUAACCUUUAGAAUGUAUUGAUAAAGUGCUUGAUUGAUUGUAUAGGUCUCUUUCUACUCUAAUUUCACAUCUUGUGCAUAUGAGUUUGUGAAUAUCUUGUAACAGAUCUCUGUGAUAUGAUUUGUUGUGCUAUUGGAUAAUACUGAUUUUGGUA